CGAAAUUCCCUCCUUGAGCUUUUGGUUGGAGGCGCGGUCAUUCUUCCUUCUCCGCCGCGAUGCAUCAUCUUCGAUUGGUCCUCUGCCGGUGUGCGUUCGUUCUCGGCGGACCGCGGAGUCCUUCAGCCGUCAGGUGUGAACAGACCCACGAGGAGUCCGGAGAGCUUGCGGACGCACACGGAGAGGGCGAGAAGGAGCUGUCCUAUCAGCUGCGAGUCCACAGCGUGAAACUGGCCCUCGAGGGAAGCGGUGCCGGCGAGGUUACCAGGCGAUUUGGGCACCUGUGGAAGGCCAGGGCCAAGAGUGAGUCGCUUGUCAACGCCGACAUCGACUUUUCGAUUCGGCGGGUUGGGUGGGAGCAGACGGCCGAUGUGGCAGAGACUGAGUGGUGGCGGGCAACGCUGAAGCAGCAGGGCAAUGUCGGGCUGACUUCACUCAGGCACAUGGAGAUAUGCAUCGAAACAAAAGGUAAGACAAAGAGAAACACACACGCACACAACCAGACGGACGGACGGACCGACGCAACAUGAACAUGUCCGAGUCCGUCCUUCUUUGCUGCUUGUUUUGCCUUACUGCAGGGUCUGCGAAGCUCAUAAGCCCUCCCUCUCCCUCCGAAGAAUCCUCCCAUCCACCGGGCAAGUCGGCAUCGGAGGAAAAAGAAGAAUCCAUCGAGCCCAGGUCGCAGGAGCACUAUCGCACCGGGCCUCUAAUGGAGUACAAGGACUCCGACUUCGACCAGCUGCCCCUAUUCAACGCCUGGCAGGUCGCCGGCGCGCGGGUCCACGCUCUCUUGGACGUCACCGGCGUGCUCGGCAGCAGGACCGCCGUCGACGACGAGAACUCGCUGGUCGAUGCUGCCAAGGCAGGGGCCAAAGUCAGGGUCAGUGGGCGGCUGUACUUGCGGCCAAGAUGGGCGUCUGAGCGCCGGCAAGACGACAGGAAGACCGCAGACAAGAAGGGGGCAAGGCGGGAUGGGAACACGGAGGGGGAGGUCCCGUCGUCAGACCGCGAGUCUUCCCGCGUUUGGGUGGACGAGGGCACCGUCAACAGCUCGCUCGAGAGCGUGGAGAAGAAGAUGCCCAUGGCCGCUCGGCCAAUUGCCUCGGAGCUCUACAUGAUGGUCAUGAAGGCAAUCGGAGAGGACGAUGACACACUGGAGGAGAUGGUUGAGCUGGACAGGCGGACCCUCUGCGAGCAGGCCCACGCGAGGAGCCUCCUCUACCUCAAGCAGCACCCGCCCGCCAACUUCCACCAGCUGGUCGAUGUGUCACCCUGGAACGCCCCUUUUGCCGUCGUCCGCAACGUUCGCGAGUCUCUCCAGCUUGCCGAGUCGUCCAUUGCGUCGAAUGCCGGCCUGGCGGGCCUCCUGCCCACACCCGAGCUGCAGUGGGCGUUCUCCCAUGGCCUGAUCGAUCGCGUCAUGUCCCGGGCUGACAUGAAGAUAGCAGCUUGCACCCCGCCACCCACCACCCAAGAGCACGUGGACGCCAUCGUCGAGUCGGCGUCGACCAAGGUGCUGCAUGAGUACUUCCCCGCCUACCCGAUAUGCGAGCAUCCGUUGCUGACGAGGGUGAGAAACAGGGCGAAGCAGCUGCUGGCUGCCAAGAAGCCGCCAUCGCUGGCGUGGGUGGCGCUGCGGCAGGCUGCAGCCAUCGCGCUGAUGUCGGCGGUGCCAGAGGAGGUUCGGGAGUGGCUGCGGGCGAAUGUGGGAACCCCAAUUCCUGCCUAUGCGCCCUAUGGCGAUCAGCUUGAUGGCGAUGAUGGAUGGGUGCCGACAUAGACGAAAGGAUGGGAUGGGAUGGGGCAGACGGCUGCGGCCGGCUGGAUGUCAUAUCGACAGACACUCGUC